CCGAAGAUCAAAGUGGUCAGGGUUGGGGGUAAUUGCGGGUUUAAGAAACUCAUUAUCUUUAUCUAUCUUCCGAGUUUGAAGAGUAUGCUCAGGUUCAUCAUAUACGACGGAAUGACGAGCAAUAUAUUUCUCUUGAUGGGGUGAAUGUCUUAGGAGAUAGCAGGUUUUUCUUUCCCUACUAUAAUGAUGGGGACCUAUUGCUGUAACCUACUACGCAACUUUUACUACCCAAACUACUCAAUAACUAAGGGCAUUACCAACUUUAAUUGUGUUCCAACCAGAGGAGACUCGUUAUUCCAAAAACCCAUUUAUUUUGAUUUCUGUAAACACCAUUUUGAUUCGGUGUUGGUUGGUGUUGGUAUGAAGGAAGUUGUAGAAAAAGAAGUGAGAGAAAAUGGCAGGGGGUUUAGAUGGGUUGAGGUAGGGGAUGAUAUCACUAAAGAACAAAAGGAGAGCAUAUCUAAACUUCCUUUUAGGAUGGCCAAUCGAUGUAAGGCCUUGAUGAGACAGAUUAUAUGUUUUUCCUUGGAAAAGGGAAACAUAUCUGAUCUCUUGGUGGCAUGGGUGAAGAUCAUGAAGCCUACCAGAGCAGAUUGGCUUUCAGUUCUGAAAGAGUUGAGAACAAUGGAUCAUCCUCUGUACCUAGAGGUGGCAGAACAUGCUCUUCUAGAGGAAUCCUUCGAAGCCAAUGUUCGUGAUUACACAAAGAUAAUCCAUCAUUAUGGCAAAAACAACAAACUUGAAGAUGCUGAAAAUAUUCUCACAGCCAUGGUGCGAAGGGGCUUCGUCUGUGAUCAAGUAAUUCUGACUACCAUGGUUCACAUGUACAGCAAGGCUGGCCAUCUUGACCGGGCAAAGGAAUAUUUUGAAGAGAUCAAAUUGCUUGGUGAACCUUUGGAUAAAAGAUCAUAUGGCUCAAUGGUCAUGGCCUACAUCAGGGCUGGAAUGCCUGAAGAAGGAGAGAAUUUACUUCAAGAAAUGGAUACACAGGAAAUACUGGCUGGAAGUGAAGUUUACAAAGCAUUGCUUAGAGCUUACUCAGAGAUUGGUAAUGCUGAAGGUGCACAAAGGGUAUUUGAUGCAAUUCAGCUGGCUGGUAUCCCCCCAGAUGAUAAGACGUGUAGUCUUCUUGUUAAUGCUUAUGCCAUGGCUGGGCAAAGUCAAAAGGCUCGCAUUGCAUUCAAUAAUAUGAGAAGAGCAGGUAUCAAACCUACUGAUAAAUGCAUAACUUCGUUACUGGUUGCUUUUGAGAAGGAAAGCAAGAUAAAUACAGCAUUAGAAUUUCUAAUAGAUUUGGAGAGGGAUGACAUUAUGGUUGGGGAAGAAGCUUCUGUAGUACUGGCCAGGUGGUUCAGAAAACUAGGGGUAGUGGAAGAGGUGGAGCUUGUUUUAAGAGACUUUGCCACCAAUCACCAGAUAAGCUAAUGUAGAAGUUACUGGAUUAUAAUUUAUUUGAAGCUCCGUGACCGUUCUCAAUGUAUUAUAGCCAUUAUAAUAUGCAAUUAUAUGAAAAUUAAUUUUCCAUGAUGGAAAUUAGUUUUCCGGGCUUAGCUCCAAGUUGAACUUGAUU